CCACUGUGCAUAAUUGUCUGUCUUUUUGCUACUUCAACUAUUCAAGUCAUCAUCAAUGGCAAAACUUCCCCAAAACCCAACAAUUUCCCUUCAAAUUCUCAUCUUUUUCCACCAUCUAACUCUUCUUCUUUCCCAAACAACAGAUUAUCCCAUACUUAAUUGCCUUACUAAUCACAAAAUCACCAACUUCAGUUUACACCCAAAUUCAAACCACCCUUCUUCUAUUCACUACAACCACCUCCUCAAAUUCUCUCUCCAAAAUCUAAGGGUAGCCAAAGAAUCAACCCCCAAACCAACGGCUAUAAUCUUGCCACACACUAAGGAGCAGCUAUCCACCUCUGUGCUCUGUUGUAGGAGAUCAGCCCAAGAGAUCAGGAUCCGGUGUGGCGGGCACAGCUAUGAGGGUAUGUCCUCAAUCCCACGUGGCAACACCCCAUUUGUUAUCAUCGAUAUGAUGAAUCUCAACCGUGUGAUGGUUGAUCUUGAAUCUGAGACUGCUUGGGUGGAAGGAGGAGCGACUUUGGGGGAGUUAUUCUCUGCUAUUGCGGUGCAGAGUAGUUACUAUGGGUUUCCUGCUGGGGUGGGGCCCACUGUGGGUGUUAGUGGGCAUAUUUCUGGUGGUGGGAUUGGGGUUAUGACCCGGAAGUAUGGGCUUUCAGCUGAUAAUGUGUUGGAUGUGGGCCUGAUUGAUGCCGAGGGUCGGGUUAUGGGCCGGGCUGAGAUGGGGGAGGAGGUGUUUUGGGCUUUACGAGGCGGUGGUGGCGGGAAUUGGGGGGUUGUUUAUGGGUGGAAAGUCCAACUAGUUCAUGUACCUAAAAGGGUCACUGGUUUUAGUGUUACCAAACAAGGCCCAAUUCAUGAGUUAGCUAAACUAAUACACAAAUGGCAAUUUGUUGCCCCGUAUUUGGAUGAUGGUUUUCACAUCUCGGUUUAUAUUACUAGUAGCACACGUAAAGAAGUGUAUGCUACGUUCAAAGGGUUUUAUCUAGGGCCGAAAACGGAGGCGAUCGAUAUAAUAGACGAACAAUAUCCGGAAUUGAAGAUCGAUAAAGAAGAGUACCUCGAAAUGAGUUGGAUCGAGUCAGUUUUAUAUUUCUCGGGACUUCCUAAAGGAAGUACGACCCAAGAUUUAAAAUCGCGGUAUUGGUCAAAUAAGUCGUACUUCAAGACCAAGUCCGACUAUGUUAGGGAACACGUCCCGAUUGAGGGUUUAGAGGGUGCACUUGAAAUAAUUGCCUCAGAGCCCACGGGGCUUAUGUUAUUGGACCCUUAUGGAGGAAUUAUGGACCGGAUUAGUAACGACUCGAUUGCAUUUCCUCACCGAAAAGGGAACGUGUACAACAUUUUGUAUGCUUCGUUUUGGGGAGAGGAAGAGGAAGAGGAGGAAGAUCGGUGUUUAAGCUGGGUUAGGAGUUUGUAUGAUUAUAUGACACCUUUUGUAACCUCGAAUCCGAGGGCGGCUUAUGUUAAUUACAUAGACCUUGAUCUAGGAACAAUUGAUUUUACGGUUAAUAAUGAUGAUAAUGUUGUUGAAAAGGCUAGAGUUUGGGGGGAGAAAUAUUUCUUAGGAAACUAUGAUAGGUUGGUGAAAGUUAAGAACGUUAUUGAUCAACAAAAUGUAUUUAGUCAUAAACAAGGGAUUCCCUCUUCUAGUGUACAAACUCAUGACGAGUUGUGAAUCACGUGUACACUAUUAUUGUAAAACAAAAAAAAUCAAUGUUGUUGAAAUACAUGGUUUCGUGUAUUUUUUGUCAAACAA